UUUUUCAUUAUUAAAGUUAAGGCUCAGUACUGGCUUCAAACUAAUUCAGAUUCAUGUCACAUAGAAGAAGGUAGUGCUCCUCCAUACCAGGAUUUUUUUAAUUUUCAAGGUUCGAACCCAAGACUUCUGGUUACUUUUGUUGGAAAUAUAGAAUAUAAGUAGGCUCUUCAUAAAUCUAACAAGACAGAGAGAGAUAGACUACUUAUAUUACCUAUUGCAUAAAACAACAAGUGGCUCUACCACAAGUGUUUUUAUAUGGAGCCAUGGAAAGACCUGACCGGAAAAGUAGUGAUGGUGACUGGGGCCUCCUCGGGAAUCGGGCUAGAGUUCUGUCUCGACUUGGCAAAAGCCGGCUGCAGGAUCAUUGCUUCCGCUCGUCGUGUUGAUAGGCUGAAAACUCUCUGCAACAAGAUUAAUAAUUCAGAUGGCCUGGCUCGGCGUGCAAUCGCUGUCCAGCUCGACAUCACUGCUGAUAGUGCUACUAUUCAGGCUGCUGUACAAAUAGCUUGGGAUGCCUUCGGACGUAUCGAUGUCUUGAUUAACAACGCAGGCCUUAGAGGUAAUGUGUACAAUUCACUGGAUUUGCCAGAAGAGGAAUGGGAACAUACCUAUAAGACGAAUCUAAGAGGGGCAUGGUUGGUGUCGAAAUAUGUAUGUAGACAUAUGCGCGAUUCUAAACAGGGCGGAGGCUCUGUGAUUAAUAUCUCUUCAAUUGCUGGUUUAAAUCGAGUACUAAUACCCGGGGGUCUUGCUUAUGCUUCUUCGAAGAUGGCUCUUGACAUGGUCACUAAGAUGAUGGCCCUUGAGUUGGGAGUAAACAAUAUCAGAGUGAACUCAAUAUCACCAGGAAUUUUCAAAUCCGAGAUAACAAAGAGUCUCAUGGAAAAAGAAUGGUUCAAUAAUGUUACUGUAAGAACCAUUCCUCUGAGAACUCUUGGAACGACAGAUCCGGCUUUAACAUCAACCGUUAGGUACUUAAUCCAUGAUUCUUCAGAAUAUGUAUCGGGCAAUGUAUUCAUAGUUGAUGCUGGAACAACCUUAACAGGUGUUCCAAUUUUCUCAUCGCUUUAAAAUUAGCUCAUGAAGAUAUGAAAACGUUGAAUCUGUCGACAUGUAUUUCUUUUUUGUACUCUUUCUCAAAGCGAAAUGUAUCUUAAGACUGUUAAAAUAAGUUCCAUAUUGGUUGAGGGAA